AAUAUAGACAAUAAAUAUACAGUCUUUACACAAUCUCAAACAGAAACAAAAUACAGUUCCCUAUUCCUCGUUUACCCUUCUACUUCAUCUCAUUCUCUCUGUAUAUAUAUAUACUUAUCAAACAAAAAAUAUAUAUAAUGCAGGUCCUAUUUUAUCUAGCUAGUGUUUUGUUCUUGAAAAAUGGUGAGUGUGGCCUAUAGAUUAUAGCAGAAGAUGAAAUACAUUGACUUCACGCCAAUCAAGAAAAUGCUGGGAUCCAACUGAACCAUUUUUUGCAGGGGUUGUGUUCUGUUUUUGUCUUUUUUGGCCUAUUGGGUUGCUGUUUUUGCAUUCAAUUUUUUUGUUUUUUGGAUUGAAUUUCAACUCUCCCAAUUAGUUUCCCGCUCUGUUCUGCAUCUGCUGCAAAUGCAAUGAAUUCAUUCUUCUGAAGGCCUCAUUCUCUCUGUUUUCUCUUUUAUUGCGACCUUCAUUUAAUUCUUUUUUCUGGGGAGUGAAGAAAAAUACAAUAAAAAGAUGAAUGCCAGAGUCAGGACUAGUCUACAGUCUUUGAAAACUCCAUCCAAAAAUGUAAAGGAAAAAGUGGAAAUGCAAGGAGAUAGGAAAAUGGGUGCCGAGAAAACAACCAUAAAUAGAAGAAAAGCAAUCAGAGAAAGAAAGAUGGCAUUGUUACAAGAUGUUGAUAAGCUAAAGAAGAAACUCAGGCACGAGGAAAACGUCCACAGAGCUCUCGAAAGGGCGUUUACUAGACCUCUCGGUGCUCUUCCUCGUCUUCCUCCUUAUCUCCCUCCAAAUACACUGGAGCUUCUAGCUGAAGUGGCUGUUUUGGAGGAGGAAGUUGUUCGACUAGAAGAGAAAGUUGUGCAUUUCAGGCAAGGAUUGUAUCAGGAAGCGGUCUAUAUUUCGUCUUCCAAGAGGAAUAUGGAUAAUGUAACUGAUACUACUGAACCAAAUCAAGUAAAGAGUCCCAAGCAGAAGCAAACGAAGUUGUCACCCCAAAUGGAAGCGAAUUCAGCUUCAUUUUCAGGUAGACAAUUGCCUUCUCUCUCAGAUGACAGCUGCUUAAAAGAGAAUCAGUCAUGGUCUUCCACGAAAAGCAAGCAUCGAUCACUAAAUGCGAAAGUGAAAACUGUCAAAACUCCUGCUAAGAAGCUUCCUUCUGAGAACAGAUUAGCAGAGAAGCGCGUAGAUCCUCCGAAAUUGCAGCUUGAGGACCAAGUAGUGUACCACGGGAGUUUGGAAGAGAGAGUCUUUGUUAAUCAAGACAGAAAACCGUCAUCAGCUGAAAGUCCAAAUACAAUCUCAGAAAAUAUUCUGAAAUGCUUGUUAAAUAUUUUCCUCAGAAUGAGCUCUAAGAAGAGCAGGAGUACAACCGAUACAUUGCCUUCAUUGACAGGAUAUAAUUCAUGUGAGAAGAAAGAGUUUGGAGAUCCUUAUGGCAUAUGUUCAAGGUUUGAAAGGAGAGAUAUCGGUCCGUAUAAGCAUUUAUAUGCAGUUGAAGCUUCUUCAAUCAAUCCAAAUCGAACAACAAUAUCCGUUUUCCUAGUUCGUAGACUAAAACUUCUACUCGAGAAACUUGCAUCAGUCAACUUACAGGGCCUCACCCACCAAGAAAAGCUUGCUUUCUGGAUCAACAUAUAUAAUUCCUGCAUGAUGAAUGCAUUCCUGGAGUAUGGCCUACCUGAGAAUCCUGAAAUGGUUGUGGCACUGAUGCAAAAGGCAACAAUAAAUGUUAGCGGACACUUGCUUAAUGCCAUAACCAUUGAACACUUCAUUCUGAGGUUACCUUAUCACUCAAAAUAUACUUUUGCAAAGGGUGUAAAGAAUGACGAGAUGACUGCACGCAGCAUCUUUGGUUUGGAGUUUUCAGAAACAUUGGUGACAUUUGCGCUCUCUUGUGGAAGUUUUUCCUCUCCUGCUGUGAGAGUAUACACUGCAGCAAAUAUUGAAAAUGAGCUUCAAGUUGCAAAGAGGGAGUAUUUGCAGGCAGCUGUUGGCAUUUCAACAUCAAAGAAGUUGGUAGCAAUACCAAAACUGUUGGAUUGGUAUCUGCUAGAUUUUGCAAAGGAUUUGGAGUCUCUACUUGAUUGGAUAUGUCUUCAACUGCCAAACGAACGUGGAAAAGAAGCGAUUAGCUGCCUCGAGAGAAGGAAUAACGAGCCUCUUUCUCAUGUUCUUCAGAUUAUGCCAUAUGAAUUUAGUUUCCGGUACCUUUUACACAUGUAAGUUUUGUUUCAUUAAUAAUGUGUUAGACUUAAGUUUUUUGUGGUAUAGAUCUAUAUAUAGAGGGGGGAUACAGAUACAUAAGUAAGUUUAAGUGUACAUCUUGUAAGUAAAUUUUGACAUUUGUAAGGAGUAAUUAUCAUUGUAGAGUUCGGCACUAUUGCAUUCACUGGCUGGGGGGGAGAUUCUUGAUAGGGCUUUCCUUCUGUUGUCUCAUACUCUGAUCUUACUUGGAGUGGGGUGAUUUUUUUAUUUUUAUUUUUUAUAAAUAUGGAUUUACUUUUUACUUUA